AUGGCAGACAAAUCCACAAGAAGACAUGUUUGUCCAACACUUGAUCCACCAAUUAUAAAGAAAGUUCUUAAAAACUUUGUCCCAGAUGAGUUUAAGCAGCACAAAUUCCCUCGGAGGCUAUUUGAUGUUGUGAAUUCUGAGGGUUUAACAGAGGAAGACAAUGGAUGCAUCAUAGUUUCCCUUGCCUUGCACAUCAUCAUCCACAGACUACUUAAUGCCAUCUACAUAAUCCAUAAAAUGCUUGACGAUUGGGUCAUCAGUAAAUAA